CGACUGAUGCUGAGAUAUCUGCAACCUUUGGGAUGUGUGCAUGGUGGCGAGGGGCUGACUGAUAUGAGAUUACUUCUUUUAAGGGAAAUUGUUAUUAAUGAGUCAAGAAACUGCUCAUUUAUGAUAAUUAGCACCAUGGAGCCUCAGGUGUCAAAUGGCCCGACAUCCAAUACAAGCAAUGGACCCUCCAGCAACAACAGAAACUGUCCUUCUCCCAUGCAGACAGGAGCGACCACAGAUGAUAGCAAAACCAACCUCAUUGUCAACUACUUACCCCAGAAUAUGACCCAAGAGGAAUUCAGGAGUCUCUUCGGGAGCAUUGGUGAAAUAGAAUCCUGCAAACUUGUGAGAGACAAAAUUACAGGACAGAGUUUAGGGUAUGGAUUUGUUAACUAUAUUGAUCCAAAGGAUGCAGAGAAAGCCAUCAACACUUUAAAUGGACUCAGACUCCAGACCAAAACCAUAAAGGUCACUGUUUACUUCUGCUUCAAUUUGCUUUGAUAAGUGACAUGAGAUUUAUCUCUUUGCUGUGACUCCCAUGAAGGAAUAGAUAACUUGCCUAGCUAGAAAAAACAAGUAUCUUCUUUGGAAGCAUGCAUUACAGAAAUCUCCUUGGAACCAUUUAGUACACGUUUGCAAACUUUGGUCAAGUCUGUUCCUCAUUUUCGCAUUUCUGGAGUGUUUCAUGCAAAACACACUACUUUAAGUGUAAUACACAAAAUAGGUGCAGGCAAACCAGCGGUUAAUUCCUAAGUUGUGGAGGUUACUGAUUAACAGCUAGAUUCUGGGAAGGUUCUGAAAAGCUCUGAGGAAGUGGUAGAGACAGUAGUGAAUGGGUAAAGAGGGCAGCUAUUCUGCUGCUGCUGAUGAUUGUCUAAACCCAGAUUGUUGCCAAAUCUUCCAGUUGUUCAACAGAAAUCAAAAUCUUGAUUUUUAAAAAAAUAUCAGUCUCCUAAUUUUUAAAGGCUGGAAACUAAUUCAAAAAUUUUUAAGAAUUAUAAAGGUGGGUCAAACAGCACUUAAUAGGUGAUCUUUGGACAGGCAAUUUGUGAUCUCUGAACUCAAAAAUAGGCAAACAUUGUUUUGCCAAGUGGCAGUGAAUCACUUAU